GUUUGAUGCUGACAUCCGGGUUCCUGUGCCUCGGCCAAGUCUCGAAAGAGAGUCCGAACUGGCUCUACCCGGCCAUGAUCCUCCUCUCCCUCGGCGGCAACCAGCUGCGGAUGUCGGGGCUUCAGUUCGGAAACCUCUUCCCCCGUUAUCGCUCCACCGCCAUCUCCCUCAUUAGCGGCGUUUUCUCGGCGUCGGCGGGCCUCUUCUUCUUCCUGCAGCUGGCCGUUGACGCGGGCAUCAGUCUGCGCCAUGCCAACUGGGUGCUGGCUGGAAUGGCCUCCUCACGCUGCCGCUCACCGUUAUGAUGCCUUGUCACCACAUCCCGUAUAAUGAUGAUGCUGCAGCAGAGAAGAGCGACAGGGAGAACGUGGGUCUCCCCCUCAGAACCAGCUUCCUCUCCCUCUCCAGCUUCACGUACCAGCUGUGGUUCUUCGUCAACCUGUUCUCCAUUGUUCUGUUCAACACGUUCUUCAAUUCUUGGAUCAGCAGCAUCUCCUCGACUGUCGAUGAAGCUUGGGUGUUCUCCUCUUUAUUCAGCGUCGCGGCCUUCGUCAGUCCCUUCAUCUCGCCGCUGCCAGGGAUCGCGAUGGACUUGCUCAAGAAGAGGAAACUGGAAGGCCUGUCCUCCACCGAGCGCAGGAUCCAGGAGAUGAGGAGCCCCGCCCUGCCCCUCCCUCGUGCAGACGGGCUCGUGGCGGUCCUGUACACCUGCCUCUUCUUCGAGUCUGCCGCCGCGGUGUACCUGGCUCUCGUCUCUGCCUCAUGCUGGCCAGGCCGUCGGUGAUCGCCAUCGGGAACUCCUUCGUCAGAGCGAGAUUCCCAGGGGACCAUUUCCAUCGUCUGAUUGGUAUUUACGGCACAAUAGUGUCUGUGCUGACUAUCCUGCAGUACCCGCAUUUCCUCUGGGCUCAGCAGGACUACAACGGGGCCCAAGGAUUCAUAAUCGCGAUGCUGAUCGUCUCCUCCGCUCAGCCACUCCACCUCCUGAGCGACACGUACCUCCGCAAGGUCGUCCACAUGGAACAGACGACCUUGAGCGACGAAACGACCGUUCCACUCUCGGAAGUGUGUGAAAAGAAGCCUGAGGUCGUUCGUUCCAGUGCGGAUCCCCCCCAGCCGGCUUAAUGAGGGGGUGUAGGGGGGUGUGGGGUGUAAUUUCCUGCGGUUUUGAGGGAAC